AUGGAUACGCUUUUGGAUACGCUUUUUUCAAAAUGGAUACGCUUUUGGAUACGCUUUUGGAAGAAGCGUGGCAUUCAACUUGCGUCCAAUCAGGUUUCGUAUUCGCUAGUCCGCACCAUUCCUGCUGAAUCAGGUCUCAUCAAGCUGUGCCACGACCUUGGAAUUGCCAUCUUGGCUUAUUCACCAAUCGGUAUGGGCUUACUUACUGGUAAAUUUGGAGCCGAUGGUCCGUUCCCAAAGUCUCGCAAGCAGCGUUUUGAAAAGUUUGACAAGGAGCAGUUGCGUCAAUUGCUGGGUACAAUCAAACGGCUUGCUGAUAAAUACGAUCGCCAGUCUAGUGCAAUUGCAUUGAGCUGGUGUAUCGCAAAGGGAACUAUCCCACUUGCUGGUGCUCGUACCGCUGAGCAUGUGCGCCAGAACGAAGCAGCGCUUGGAUUCCUCUUGACUGCCGAUGAGAUUUCCGAGCUUGAUAAGUUUGCAUUCUUGGGUGAGAACAAGAAGGAGUGGAACCACGGAUAAAAUCAAGAAUAGCGCUGUUCAGCUGGAGAAAAUAAAG